AUGGACUACAGAAAUUUUCUGUCUCCCAGGGGAGAGCUUCUCCCCUACAAAGGCGACUUCUACCUAUGGAAAUACGUUCCUUCGAUGGCUGCUGCUGUCAUUUUCACCAUUAUCUUUCUCGCGCUAUCCGCGUUACACACAUGGAAGAUGUUCCGCACCCGCCUGUGGUUUUGCAUUCCGUUUGUUAUUGGCGGAUACAUGGAAGUCAUUGGUUUUAUCGGUCGAAUCGCCGCCAAUAAUGCAACCGACCAGCUCAUGCCGUACAUCAUCCAAUCCGUCUUCCUACUCAUUCCACCUUCUCUCUUCGCCGCCUCGAUCUAUAUGACACUCGGUCGAAUCAUAAGUGGUCUCGGAUCUAAAGCCGAACUGUGCUCCAUCAUUCGAGUAAAGUGGCUGACGAAACUGUUCGUUAUUGGAGACGUCUUUUCGUUCUUGAUUCAGAGCACUGGAGCAGGUUUGAUGGCCGCUGGCAAUGACCCUAAAAUGGGCGAGAAUAUCGUCGUUGGCGGCCUCUUCAUCCAAAUCCUGUUCUUUGGGCUCUUUGUUGCCGCGGCUCUCAUUUUUCAUCUUCGCUACCGCAAGAGAAGUGCUCAUCGGAGGACCAUGGACUCCACUGGAAUAGUCGGGACUUUUGACUGGGAGGGGAUGAUGAUGAUGCUGUAUGCAACUUCUGCACUCAUCCUCGUUCGGUGUAUUUUCCGCAUUAUUGAGUAUGUCAUGGGUGCUGAUGCUUACCCCCUCAAGAACGAGUGGACGUUGUAUGUUUUCGAUGCCGUCCUGAUGGUUGCUACCAUGGGCAUCUUCUACAUCUGGUAUCCUUCUCAGAUCCAAGAGUUUCAAGCAAUGAGGGACACGGAGGUUGUCAGUCUCGCAUACGGACCCGUGGCAUCUUGA